AUGUUGAUGCUGCCCGAGUAUCAGCUCCUUUUGAGAGCUGGCACGACAAAACGACAGCUGGUGCAGAUGACAGCCAACCACGCUGGGAGAGACUGCGAGCGCGAAAUUUCAGACUCGAAGAGGAGGGGGGACGGCAGCCAAAGUGAGCCUGCAGCCCAAGGGGGGAAACGGAGGACGGUAGCUGUCUGGUUUUCCACCACACGGAUCAUUCGUGGGGGGACAAAACAGGCCCUGGUGAAAACGGAACCUGGCGAAGCGAGAGAGAAAGUCAAGAAGACGAUAAACUACGCCAAGGCGAGGGUAAAAAAAGCAGGAACUGAUAGAGAGGCGUCAAGCCGAGGGAGUGUGAGGUUGUAG